AUGUCGGUGUAUAUCAACGAUUCGAGUGGUAAGGAUGAUAUCUCUGUGAGUGGUACAAAAGAAGAGCCAUUUAAAAGCGGUGCUUUUGCGUUGUUUGUGAACCAGACUGGUAGCGAACCAAAACUGCUAGUGUAUAAGAAGGAUGAGGAUACGGAUGGUGGUUAUGUUGAAAUUAGUGCUUCUGCUCUGAAGAAAGCACGGAAGGGUGCUGAAGGGUUGAAGAAGAAAGCAGCUAAGCAGGAGGAUCAGGAUAAAAAGAAAAAGGAGCAGGAUGCAAAGGAUGUGGCGAAGAGGUUGGAGUUGAUGAAUAUUACGAUUAAGGAGGAUUUGUCUUUGCCGAAGGCACGUAGUAUGAAGAUUGGGAGGUGUUAUAGUGCUGUUGAUGAGAGGGUCAAGGUUUGUGGUUGGAUUCAUAGGUUACGUUUGAGCAAGUCUGUUGGGUUUGUUGUUCUAAGAGACGGAACCGGCUAUCUGCAGGCUGUUCUGUCUGGUGACCUGGCCAAAGCGUACCAAACCGGCACGCUUACAUUAGAAUCUACUGUGAAGUUGUAUGGUACAGUAAGAAAGUUGCCAGAUGGCAAGACUGCACCAGGUGGUGUCGAAUUGGAUGUUGAUUAUUACGAAAUAGUUGGAUUAGCUCCGGCUGGUGACGAUGCAUUUACUAAUAGAGUGCAGGAGGGCGCCGAUCCGUCUCUGUUAUUAGACCAAAGACAUUUAAUGUUGAGAGGUGAGACUUUAUCUGCUGUGAUGAAGGUCCGUGCUGCUUUGUUGAAAGCUUUCCGUCGCGUAUUUGAUGAGGAAGGCCUAACUGAGGUCACACCACCAUGCAUGGUUCAAACCCAGGUUGAAGGCGGUUCUACAUUGUUUAAAUUGGACUACUAUGGCGAGGAGGCAUUUUUGACUCAAUCUUCUCAGUUAUACUUGGAGACUUGUUUGUCUUCUUUAGGAGAUGUUUAUUGUAUCCAAGAGUCAUUCCGUGCAGAGAAGUCUCACACAAGAAGGCACUUGUCUGAAUACACCCACAUCGAGGGAGAAUUGGCAUUCCUAGACUUUGAGGAUUUGUUGACACAUAUUGAACGUCUCAUUACAAGUACUGUACAAUAUGUAUUAGAGGACAGUGUUGCUGGUCCACUAAUUAAGCAGUUGAACCCAGACUUCAAGGCACCUCAAAUGCCAUUCAUGAGAUUGGAAUACAAGGAUGCCAUAACUUGGUUGAAUGAACAUGGUAUCAAGAAUGAGGAAAACGAAGAGUUCAAGUUCGGCGAUGAUAUUGCUGAAGCAGCCGAAAGGAAGAUGACUGAUACCAUCGGUGUUCCAAUUCUAUUGACUAAAUUCCCAGUUGCCAUUAAGUCCUUUUACAUGAAACGUUGUGCUGAUGAUCCUCGUGUUACGGAGUCUGUUGACGUGCUAAUGCCAACUGUCGGUGAGAUCACUGGUGGUUCCAUGAGAAUAGAGUCUACUGAAGAGUUAAUGGCUGGAUUUACACGUGAAGGUAUUGACGCCUCGGCCUAUUACUGGUUCGUUGACCAACGUAGAUAUGGUACUUGUCCUCAUGGUGGAUACGGUAUCGGCACUGAACGUAUAUUGGCAUGGUUAUGUGAUAGAUUUACUGUUAGAGACUGUUCCUUAUAUCCACGCUUCUCUGGAAGAUGUAAACCAUAA